CUUCGCAUCUUAUCUCUGGUGUGGGUAUGUAUUUGUGAAGUGUUGCUAAAGCCACAGAGAGAAGAGCAGGUAGGAGGCAGCCAAGACACCAACCACACCAUGUUCUUCUGCAACCAACCCUAAAUAACUAAAAUAUCACAACCUCCAACUAAGCUACAACUGUAACUUCUUUCUCCUCUUUCACCUUCACCGACUUCCCUUCACUCUUUAUAUUUUCACUUCUCUUCUCACUUUCAAUAUCACCGAUCACAAUUACUCCGUUCAAGAUUUCGAUAUUCAAAUGGACGACAAUAACCAAUACCCCAUUCUCACGCCUUCAGGAUUACCUCGCCAAAACAAACCCUCUAUUGCAGAGGACGACGUCAUGGAGCUGCUAUGGCAUAACGGCCAGGUUGUGAUGCAGAGUCAGAACCACCGUUCUCUAAGAAAACCGAUGCCGCCGCCCAGAAACUCCCACGAUGCCUCCGCCGCCGGUCCCUCCGAGGCCAGGGAGAUUCGACCGCAGCUCGACAAUUUCAAUCAACAUCUCUUCAUGCAAGAAGGCGAAAUGGCUUCCUGGCUACACUAUCCAAUCGACGUCGACGACGUACCUCCGUUGGAUCAGGCUUUCUGCGCCGAUUUCCUCUACUCACCGCCCACCGUUAACAACAGCACCGCCAUGCAAACUCUCGCCACGUCUCAGCUUACAGACCACCGCCCCAUGUCCGCACCGCCUCGACCUCCAAUUCCGCUGCCGAGACGGCUGGAACCGAAGACGCCGAACUUCGCGUACUUCGCGCGGCACAACACGAGAGCCGCCGAGGAGAGCGUGAAGGCAUCCGCGAAGGAAUCCAGGGUGGAUUCCUGCGAGACGCCGGCCGCAACGGCAGCGGCGGUUUCGAGAGUUUCGGAAACUGUGAGGAACGCGGCGGAACCGACAGAAGGAGGCGCCGGCGGUCCGGUGCCUUCGACGAGUGCCGGUGACGGAAGGAGCACGAUGAUGUGCGACGUGACUAUGGCAUCGUCGCCGGGCAGUUCGAGUACUAGCGGCGAGCCAGUUCAGGUGGCGCAGGCGGAAGAGCGGAAGCGGAAGGGUCGGGAGGCGGAGGAAUGGGAUUCUCAGAGCGAGGAUGUUGAUUUUGAAUCGGAAGCAAAGAAACAAGCUCGAGGAUCAACAUCUACAAAGAGAUCACGUGCAGCGGAGGUCCAUAAUCUCUCUGAGAGGAGGCGUCGUGAUCGGAUUAAUGAAAAGAUGAGAGCUCUGCAAGAACUUAUACCUCGAUGUAAUAAGUCGGACAAAGCUUCAAUGUUGGAUGAAGCAAUUUCGUACUUGAAAUCAUUGCAGUUACAAGUGCAGAUGAUGUCCAUGGGAUGUGGCAUGGUACCUAUGAUGUUUCCUGGAAUCCAGCAGUACAUGCCAGCAAUGGGGAUGGGGGUUGGAAUGGGUAUGGGAAUGGAAAUGGGAAUGAACAGACCUGUGAUGCCGUUUCCCAAUAUGUUACCUGGUUCUGCUUUGCCAGCAGCAACAGCAGCGGCUCAUUUGGGACCAAGGUUUCCAAUGCCUCCUUUCCACAUGCCGCGUGUUCCUGCUCCCGAUUCUUCCAGAAUGCAAGCAGAAAAUCAGUCAGAUAAAAAUAUGGUUGCAGCUGGUCCACCUGAUCCAAACCACUCACGUCUCCCAAACUUCACGGAUCCUUAUCAACAAUAUCUUGGUCCCCACCAGAUGCAGUUUCAAGUAAUUCAGAAUCAGGCAAUGAACCAACCAAAUGUUGGCAAGCCCAGUACCAGUAGGGAUAAUCCAGAAAGCCGUUAGUCAGGUUAGAUUUUCCGACACCUAAAUUACAGGUGCAAAAGUUUUGUAGUUUCAAGAGAACGAACUUUUUAGCUGUUCUCAGUAGCAAGCUAAUCUAUUCUAUACACAGCUAACAUGUAAAUUAUUGCAACGAAGUUUUCCCUGUCUUCAACUUUCAUUUUUAGAGAGUGUUUGAUAUGAGACGAGGAACUCGAUAGAUGGCAGAACAGAUGAAGUUGCAUUUUAGCCCACAUCAUACCUUCCUACUUUUAGUCUUGUGUUUCAGAUUCAUUAUGUAGUACCAUUUUCUCUUGUUAAACGUUACAGGAGCAUGUGAACUUCGUUACUAUUAUUUAUGAAAGUGAAAUUGAAUCACUUAUCUACAUAAC